GCAGGGGGAGGAAGGGGCAGCGCUGCGCCCUGAGCGCUGCGCUCUGCGCCCUCGGCUCUGCGCUCUGAGCACUGCUUUCUGCUCCCUGAGCUCUGCUCCCUGCACCCUGGGUUGUGCGCCCUGAGCUCUGCCCUCUGCGCUCUGCGCCCUGCGUUGUGCGCCCUGGGUUCUGACACUGCGUUGUGCGCUCUGAGCCCCGCGUCGUGCGCCUUGGGGGUCCUCUGCCGUCCUUGCCCUGCGGAGCUGGGGCGGGGCAGGGUGCGGGCCCCGACGGAAGCCUCGGGCGAGCGGGGCCCGGAGAAGGCCGGAGGGGAGGGAUCGUCACCCCUGCCAGGGGCAGCUGGCACCGGGCACGGGCGGCCGGCCCCGGCAGAUGGCAGCCUGAGAAUGGACAGCGGGGACAUGGACAGCUAUCUGCGCCGCCUCAAGCAGGAGCUGGUAUCCAUGAAGGAGAUGGGGGAUGGGCUGCAGGCCCAGAUGACCUCUCUGAUGGGUGCACUGCAAGAGCUGAAACUUCUCCAAGUCCAGACAGCCCUGGAGCAGCUGGAGAUCUCUGGGGCCCGGAGCCAAUCUGCCAACCUCCCAGCUUCCCAGAACCCCCCACCAGUGCUCCCCCCCUGCCCUGAACCUCCCCGGGUCUCAGGGAAUGGGGGUGGCCUCCGGGCCCAACCCCCAGUUCAUUCUUUCCUCAGCGGCCGGCAUGCCCCCCCAUCUUGCAGAAGUAAUCCCAGAGGGGCCCCAGACCCAGCCCUGGCCCUCAGCAGCUCCCCUCCCUGCAAGGCCCUGGACCUGGUCAGCAGGAUGGGAGGGAAGAGCCAAGGUGGCAUCCAGCCAGGACCAGAGCAGACAGAGUCAGACGACUGGACGUCCACCCUCAUGAGCCGCGGGCGCAACCGGCAACCACUGGUCCUGGGGGACAAUGUCUUUGCAGACCUGGUGGGCAAUUGGCUGGACUUGCCUGAGCUGGACAAGAAGGGCGAGGCUGGAGGGACCAAGGGAACCGGGCCCGGGGCCGGAGGCCGGGCCCAGGAGCUGGGACGCCGCUUUGCCCUGACCACCAACAUCUUCAAGAAGUUCCUGCGAAGCGUCCGGCCUGACCGGGAUCGGCUCCUGAAAGAGAAGCCGGGCUGGGUGACCUCAGCGGCAGCCGUGGACCCCCAGCUGGGCCGGGCCCAGCGAGCCAAGAAGCGAAGCCAAAGCAAGGGGACUUUCUAUCUUGCCUUUCCUGGAAGCAGAAAGGUUGAGCGGGGGCCUGGACCAGUGGAGAAGCCCUCUCCAAGCAGCCCCAAAGCUCUGGAGCCCAGCACCCCCAAUUUCGAUGUCAGCACUGCUGUGUGGGUCUGAGCCUCUCUGGCCUGGUUGGUGGGAUGUGAAACAGAGCCCAGCUGGGAGCGGGGCACCUAGCAGAGAUGGGGCUGGAGUAGUGGCAUUCUCAGCCCCAAAGCACUAAGAGGGAGAGGAAAAGAGGGGGUCCACACCCGCAAGGGCUUCCAUAAAGAAGGGUCUUCCACCCCAUCCCCACCUUCACCCCAAGGUUCUGCCACUGAGAUUGUGAGAUUGACUGGUGGCUAGGACAUCAGCAUUUGUGCAUCUGUGGCUGAGUGUGUGUGUGUGUGUGUGUGUGUGUGUGUGUGUGUGUGUGUGUGUGUGUGUGUGUGUGUACGCCCAUCCACACCAGGGUUUGGAUGGCCCCCUCCCCUCCCUACUUGUUCACUCUAGCCUUGCUCAUAGUCCUCGGCCAAGAGCCCAGGAAAAGGAAUGACUUUAAAAGGGCAUUGUCGGGAAUUAGGGAGUGGGGCUGGUGUCCUGUCCACAGGUGGGCAGGGGUUUGUGGGGUGGGGCCUGCAUCUGAUCAUUUCAAGAGUGACUCUAAGAACCUCCAUUUGUCCUGCUUCCAUGGGAGGCAUCAAUAAAAUAGCCCCGUUUCCAAA